AUGUUCGCACUUCCUAGAGCCCGCCUCGCCGUCCUGCCACCAGCCAGGCUUGCCGCCCGUGGCUUUAGCCAAACGCACACGGCCAAGACGGUGGUGUCGAACUUUGCGCAGCAAGGCAAGAAGAUAGUCGCGAUCGGCCGAAACUAUUCGGCGCACAUCAGGGAGCUCAGCAAUGAGGCACCGGAAGAGCCCAUGUUCUUCCUGAAGCCGACAACGAGCUACCUACAGUCCGGCGGCAACGUGGAGAUCCCGCAGGGCGUCACCGCCCACUAUGAAGUGGAACUUGGUGUAGUCAUUGGCAAGACUGGUCGCGAUAUUCCUCAGGAUGAAGCAGAGUACCAUAUCGCGGGAUACGCUCUCGCCGUCGACAUGACCGCGCGAAAUAUGCAAGACGUUGUCAAAAGGAAGGGACAUCCGUGGAGCGCCGUCAAGGGCUUCGACACAUUCACACCCAUCAGCGCCUUCAUCCCCAAAGUCGCCGUGUCUGAUCCGAACAGGCUGACCCUCACGCUCAAGGUGAACGGCGUCACGCAGCAGGAGGACAGUACGGCCCAUAUGAUGUUCAAGAUCCCGCGGAUGAUUGAGCACAUCUCGUCGAUCAUGACCCUGGAGGAGGGCGACCUGGUCCUGACGGGGACGCCGCCUGGCGUCGGCCCGCUGGUCCCUGGCGACAAGGUGGAGUGCACGCUGACUGACCGCGACCGACGGGAGUUGGCGGCGCUCAGCUUUGGCGCGGUGCAGCGGCAGGGUGGGUACAAGUUUGCUCCGUGAGGGUGAUUGUGGGUGCGGUGCGAGGCAGGUCGGGGGUGCUCGUGUGGAGUGCAUGUCUCUGUAUAGAUUGGCGUGCUGAUGGGCUGUUGAGAAUGUUAAUGGUCGUCUCGAUCACAUCGCAUCAUCCACUGGUACGUUGGUGCGUUGUCUAGCCGUGUGUUCCGAGGAGCUGUGUCAGAAUACGCCUGGACCAUUGCUAUCUACGAGUCGCGGG